UCGUGCUGGAGGGUCGCUAAUUCAUUUGCGUCGCGUUCGGGCCUCAGUCCAGAAUUUCCGUCCCCCAUGUGACGAGCGUCUCUUUGCUUUCUUCGGGGGUUUGGGGUUAUAUUUUAACGCCGCUGUUGUCUCAAUUGGGCACCGACAAGAAGAAGACAACAGCAACCAAAAAAACCCACCACACACACACACACACACGUACACAUCUAGCGGAAGAUUACAAGCCAAAAAAACCAGUGUUUGGACCGAAGAAGUCGCGCGCGCGCGCGCGGGAGUGGAAUUCAAAGAUUUAUUCAAAUCGCGGCUUAAUUUAUUUGUACGCCAAGUGGAAAGUGUGUCGGCCAUGUAUAACCAAUGGCUGCGAUGGGGUCAAUUAAUCAUCCCGCUGAUGCUGCUGGUGGAGUUGCUGGCGUCGACCACUGACGCACCGGACGAUGUGCCACCGGUCGACUGUCUCGAGCACACGGUGACGUCCGGCACGUUCGACCAGUACUACGAGCUGGCCGAGCUCGGGAACGAACCGUCCGCCAGCUAUCUGGUGAACGUCAGCUUCACGGUCGAGCUGGGCAACCGGCAGGAGGAGCUGGCGAUACUGCUGUCCGGCCAGAACCGCUCCUACCAGCAUCCGGACUUUGCGCGCACCUACGAGAUGCGGAUGACGAACGUCUACACCGUGGUGUACCGGGAGACGCUCAAGAUGCAGGCGUACCACAGCCCGCUGGACAAGCUGUUCCCGGCCGAUCGGUUCCGGCUGCGCUUUCUGCUGUCCCGCGACGGCAACCUGACCGUGCUGGUGAACGAGGGUCGGCUGGGCCGGCGGCCCCUGCUCGCGGUCGUGGACGAACGGCAGGCGCUGGACGUGCAGUACGUCAGCUUCGCCUCGCGCAUGAACGCGUACCCGGUGCGGUUCUAUCUCGGCUGCGGGCUGCCCCAGCACCGGGCCCAGGUCGAGGUGAUGGCGGGCGGGGCCGGUGAACCGGCCAGCCUGCCCCUGACGGACGGCUGCCCCGUCUGUCCCGUCUGUCCCAAGCAGCGGUGCGAGGUCGUCGUGAAGGCAUGCGCCGACAGCAGCAAGGACGCGAACGGGGUGCCCGCGGGCGAGGACCCGGAGCGGCAGAAGUACUACUUCUACUUCAAUCUCUAUCUCAUGAAAAACCGCACCAAAACGAACGGGUUGCCGACUCGCACCACCAGCAAGCAGCAAGACGACGGGUUGUAGACCCGACCCCGGAAAUUUGCUGUGCAAAGUGUAGAUAAGCUCCUCCAA